AUGGCACAGGACCGCGAGGACGUGGUGGAAAUGCAAGACAAACCGGACGGCUGCCUUUCGGUGGUGGACGAGGAGCGCGAGCCCUGCCUGAAGGAGUCGACGGACAAGAACAACGGGACCGCGGUCGUCGUCACGCCGGCCGGUGACAAGAAACUGGAGAACAACAACACCGCCGCCAACAACAAUGGCAAGUUCCACGCGUUCGCCGCCGUUACUAGUCUGGAGCAGAAACUCCGCGAUAAGACUGGUUUCUCCAGGAUCGGGUUGAUACUGGUCUUGGCCGCGGUGUUCUUGUGCCUCGUCUUGAUUGUCACGCAGCUUCUCAUGUUGAUCCUGUGGCCGCGGGCGCAACCCCCUCUUCUCGUGUGCAAGACGACUCCGUGUCUGAGAGCUUCGGCCGAGGUUUUGCCCAAAAUAAACUUUACACAACCGCCGUGCGAAAGCUUCAGAGAAUACGCUUGCGGAGGAUGGCUACAAACCAACUCGUUGCCCGGGUACAUGAGCACUUGGAGUUUGAAAAAUCGGAUUCAACAAGAACAAAAAACAAUGAUCAGGAACAUGGUUGUUACUCUGCGGAACGUUGCCAGUUCGAACUCGCUGAACUGGAAGAUGAAACAUUUCUACGAAUCGUGCAUGAAUCUAGACAAUAUUGAGAUGGACGAAGGAAAACCUUUAAAGAAGAUUAUUAGUACCAAACUUGGCGGCUGGUCCGUGUUAAAAGAUUUUGACUUUAAUCAAUGGGACAAGGAUUUUACCAUGGUACAAUUGCACUCCAAAUACAGCGUAAACCUGUUCUUUAAGAUAAACGUGGUACCGGACGAUAGAGCUGCGGGCAAAUAUAUAAUUCAGAUAUCUCCAUCCGGACUGGGUUUGCCCGAUCGAAGGUAUUACGUUAGAAGUCCGCAAGAUAAGAUAGUGAUCGCGUACAAACAGUACAUGGUAGACGUAUCGCAACUAUUGGGCGCCACCAGUAGUGACGCGUCGUCGUUCAGCGAAGAAAUAUUCAACUACGAGAAGCGCAUCGCGGAAAUCACACCGCCCGGCAAACAAGAGGAUCUAUUGGCUUCUCACCAACGGUUUACCGUGGCAAGAAUUAAGGAUUUUGCCUCACUGGUUCCACUUUUGCACAUCUUACAAUCGAAAUUCCCAGAAAGUAAUAUCAAUGACGAUACGAACAUCUCGGUUGUGUCGCCCACUUAUUUUAGCAACCUGUCCAAUCUGAUAUCGUCAUCGGAUCGCAAUGGGUUAAAUAAUUAUUUCAUGUGGAAAAUGGCCGAUGCUUUUGUUCCAUACUUGUCGGUCAAGUUUAGGGAAGUUGUCAAGAUCUAUACAGCCGAACUUAUAGGCGAAAAAGAUUCGCCACCUAGGUGGGAGACUUGUGUUUCUUUGCUGCAGAAGUUCAUGGGCUUCGGAGUGUCUGCUUCGAUCGAACCACAAAUCGAAAACAAGGAUAAUGUAGUUGCCGUAGUCAACGAAAUUUUCUACAAUAUUAAAGAGACGAUCAGAUCUUACAUAGACAGCAAUGAACAUUUGGAAUCUGAGUUGCGAAGCCAUGUAUUGGGCAAGUUGAACAACCUCACAGUACAAGUCGGAAUACCCAGCGAAAUGCUCAAAGAGAAUUUUGUCAACCAAUUCUACAGUCCACUGCAGAUCCAAAAGCUCGACUUGUUCUCGAACAUAAACAGCGCGAUAUCGUUCCUGCAAGAUUAUUCUCAGGUCAAAUUAAAGGCGACGAACGAAGAACACUACGGGUGGUUGGACGAUUUGGUAUCCGAAAAUCCAAAAGUGACCUACAACGUGGCCAACAACAAAGUCAUCGUGCCCAUGGCGUUGCUCGCUCGGCCAUACUUCGAGGUCGGCUAUCCCGAGGCUAUAUUGUACGGCGGUCUAGGCGUGGAGCUCAGCUCGGCCAUUUUGUCCAGCGUGUACCCGCCCGGUGUCGCGUACGGCAUUGACGGUGUUCUUUUGCCAGCCCAUUCCACGGCGGUUAACUUGAGCGCCGCCGCCACGGCCGAAGCCCGUAAGUGCCACGGUCAGAUGUUCUACGUACUGAGGGACCAAAAAUUCGAAAUCAGCAACAACACGGCGCUGACCGCCAUGUUGUCUGUAUCCAGCGUACGGUUCGCACUGGAGAGUUUGUCAAAGAAAAUACAAUCAGCACCUCAUUACCGUCAACCGGCCAUGGAAUCCUAUGAAUACGAUACAUUGUUUUUCAUAACAUACGCUCAAUCUUUGUGCGCAAUCAAAUCACGUCAAGUGCAAGAGUUAGACACCAUGUUCGAUAUGAUGUCCGACGAAUCUGUUUUAUUAAGAACAAUCGCCGAUCACUCGGAAGCGUUCAACAACGCGUUCAAAUGCACUGACAAAUCAACGAGAACUUGCAAGUACAUUUACUAAUGGACUCGGUGUUAGUAUACUGCAUGAUUAUUGAGCGUCCGGAAAUCCUAACUUGACCCAAACGCGCAAGACGACGAGUCUGGAACAUUUCAUAAAUAUUUAUUUACGAUUUUUUUUAUUCGUUUAUUAUUUUUUAUUAUUAUCGUCAUCAUCAUUUAUUAUUAUUAUUAUUAUUUUAUUUUAAUUAUUAUUAUUGUUUAUGAGAUAAUGUUUGCGCGAAACAAGACCAUGACAUAAUUUUUUUUUCAGACUGAGUUUAACGCGCGUGCCCAAUCAUUUUUACUGCAUAUAGUAUUAUUAUGUACUCCAAACACCACAAACGCAUACAUACUCUACAUACACAUACAUGCACGUAUUGAUUUCAUGUACUUUGAUGAUACUAAAAGAGUUUUGAUUACAACUUUAGUCAUGACUUUCAAACAAUUAUUCACUUUGCUUAUACUCAUAUGUGAAUGUGUGCGGUUAAGACUGUAAAUGUGGUUAGUGACGGUUUUUUUUUCUAUACUGAAUAUUAUAUUUAACCACUAAAUUAAAGUGUCAAUUAUGUACUACGGUACAAUCAUAUUAGUUAAUUUCACCAACUCGCACUUGGUAUGAUAAGACCACAUAGUCUGUUGGGGAUUUUGCAUUUUUUUUUUCUCUUCUCGUAUUAUAUACUGUACAUAUAUUAUAUUGUAUACAUCAAUUUAAGUCUUAUUUGUUGUUGAUAUUGUAUACCUUUUAAAUGUAAAUAUGAG